AUCUGCUUUUGCAUGUAUAGCGGAAGGACUAUGGAUUGAUCUAAGUAAAAUAUUGAUGUACCGCUUAAAAAUUUAUUUGUAUACGUUUCUGCUAUUUGGGCUAAAAUAGCAUGUCUGAAGCAUGAAAACAAAAUUAUAAUUUUAUUUAAUGGGGGUGUAAAUUAUAUAUUCAGUUUAUGUUACUACAGCUUACAGUGUGACUCUAACUUUGGUUUUUAAUUGAAAGACCUGGGCUUCAGAUGCCAGUUGUUGCUUUUUACUUGCAUCUAUGCAUAUGCAUGUAUGCUGUUUUGGUUUAACCCCAGCAGGCAGAUAUCUCAGCACUGCACAGCCCCUUGCUCACUCUGCAAAGGUGGAAUGGGGGGAAUUGGAAAGAUAAAAGUAUAAGAACUUGUAGUUUGAAAGAAGACAGUUUUCUAGGUAAAGCAAAAGCUGCGUAUGCAAGCAAGUGAAGCAAGGAAUUAAUUCACUGCUUCCUCUCUGAUGCUCAGACACUUGCAGGAAAAUCAGGUGUGGCACAUGUAGCAGUUUGUUGGAAAGACAAACCUCAUUACUCUGAACAUCCUCCCUCCUUCUUCACCCCAGCUUUUAUUGCUAACUCCAUAUGAUAUGGAAUGUCUUUGAGUCUGAGUCAGCAGUCCUAGCUGUGUCCCCUCCCAGCUCCUUGUGCAUCCCCAGCUUUCUCAUUGGCAGGGUAGCACAAAAAGUAGAAAAGUCCAUAACUCCGUGUAAGCACUACUCAACUGAAACAUCUGUAUGUUACCACUGCUAUUUUCAUCAGAAAUCCAAAUCACGGUGUCAUAAAUUACAUUGCUCAUUGGAUCAUUACGUAAUUGUAAUUAAUUUAAAAUUCUGUAAGAUCAUUAUUUCAGGAUUAAUUAUCAUUCUGAAGUCAUUUCUCCCCCACCUUAAAAGCUUAAUGGAGAAUAUAUUAGAAGUUACCUUUAAUAAAGUUUUCAUUAUUAUGUUGCUGUUAUAUUCUGGCCUCCAUAUUGUUGAAAUACUAUUUGUAGUAUACUAAAAUUUGCUAUGAGUUUUGUUCAUUCUCAACAAAAUUAAUUCAGUAAGUGUUACAAAUUCAGUGAAACCUCUGUAAACCUAUUAUAUUUAAAAUGUUAUCUUCCCAACAGGAUUACAGUGGCAAUUUCUGUCUUGUUAGUAAACAGUCAGAAGAAAAUUUUGGAGUUAAUUAAAUAUACUACCUUAAACAAGUAUCUCUCCCCAAAAAGCUGAGACACCUGCAUGUUUGAACAUCAGUAGUAAAGCAUGAGCCUUUGAAAAUAUUACUGUAGUAGAAGGAAAACCUGGUCAAUAAUGACAGACUUGUACUACCUCAGUCAAACAGAUGGAGCAGGAGAUUGGCGAGAAAAAGAGGCCAAAGAUCUAACAGAUCUGGUGCAGAGGAGAAUAACUUACUUACAGAACCCGAAGGACUGCAGCAAAGCUAAGAAACUUGUCUGUAACAUUAACAAAGGCUGUGGCUACGGUUGUCAGCUUCAUCAUGUGGUCUACUGCUUCAUGAUUGCUUAUGGCACUCAGCGAACGCUCAUUUUAGAGUCUCAGAAUUGGCGCUAUGCUACUGGUGGCUGGGAGACUGUAUUUAGACCUGUAAGCGAGUCCUGUACUGACAGAUCUGGUACAACCACUGGACACUGGUCAGGUGAGGCUAAUGAUAAGGAUGUACAGGUGGUGGAGCUCCCCAUUGUUGACAGCUUACACCCACGGCCACCUUAUUUACCUUUGGCUGUCCCUGAAGACCUGGCUGAUAGGCUAAUUCGUGUACAUGGGGAUCCUGCAGUAUGGUGGGUCUCACAGUUUGUCAAAUACUUGAUUCGUCCACAGCCUUGGCUAGAAAAAGAAAUAGAGGAAGCUACCAGGAAACUCGGUUUCAAACAUCCUGUGAUCGGUGUUCAUGUUCGGAGGACAGACAAAGUAGGAACAGAAGCAGCAUUUCAUCCCAUUGAAGAAUAUAUGGUGCAAGUUGAAGAGCGGUUUGAACUUCUUGCUCGUAGAAUGCAUGUUGAUAAAAAGAGAGUAUACUUGGCUACAGAUGACCCUUCGUUAUUGCAGGAGGCCAAAUCCAAGUAUCCAAAUUAUGAAUUUAUCAGUGAUAACUCCAUAUCUUGGUCAGCGGGACUUCAUAAUCGAUACACUGAAAACUCCCUAAGAGGUGUUAUUCUGGAUAUCCACUUUUUGUCUCAGGCAGACUUCCUGGUCUGUACAUUUUCAUCCCAGGUUUGUCGAGUCGCCUAUGAAAUUAUGCAGACAUUGCAUCCAGAUGCUUCAGCAUAUUUCCAUUCUUUGGAUGAUAUCUACUACUUUGGGGGACAGAAUGCACAUAACCAGAUUGCUGUUUAUGCUCAUCAUCCACGAACUGCUGAUGAAAUUCCUAUGGAACCUGGAGAUAUAAUUGGAGUAGCUGGAAAUCACUGGGAUGGUUAUUCAAAAGGAAUCAAUAGAAAAUUAGGAAAAACAGGCCUGUACCCGUCCUAUAAAGUUAAGGAGAAAAUUGAGACAGUCAAAUACCCUACAUACCCAGAGGCUGAAAAGUAGAAUAACAGGAAGACAUUUGGCAGUAAUUCUCACUUCUUUGACUCAAAUCUGUCAACAUACUAAUGGUUUAUAUGGGAUUUGAAUUUGCAUUUUAACAUGCAUUUAAAAUCAAAGCCUUUGGUAAUGAAACUGGAAAAGAAACUGAGAACAAAUGGAUGGGCUGUUAUCUGAACUCACUCCUAAACAUUUUUUGUUAUAUGCACUAUCACACAUGCACACACACACAAACGCAUACAGCAGGAAAACUGUUGUUUUAUACUUUGUCUCUUCAAGAUUUGUCCCAGUCAGUAGUCUUAUGUGAGCUUUCAGCUCUUUUCUCUGCCAUUAUAUGACAAUAAUGCUCAGAUUUAUAACACUGCCAUAUUGUGUAAUUUGAGUAACAUGAACAUAUUUUGUAUGUGCAAAAUUUAAAACAUGGUGCCUAUAUUUGAAAGAUUUGUGACAUUUUUAAAAGAGCCAUGCCUAUUUCACUGAUGCGCAAGAGUCAGUUUUCAACUGUUACCAUGAUCACUGAAUUUGCUUCAAAGAGAUUCAAAUUUCAGACUAGAUUUCUUUACAAGUUUAUUUUCAGCGUUCCAUUGGUUACUUCUCAUGAUUAAUAAAAUAAAGGAUACAUCCAACACUGAAAUAGUCACUGUCUGUUAGGAACUUUUGUAAAACAAUGCCAUAAACAAAUUUGUCAGUGCUGAAUGUUUUUGGACAUUGCUUUUGAUUUAAAACAAAACAACCACAGAAAAAAAGGAAGGAAAAAGUGGUAGAACUGGAGUUUCAUCAAAUGUACAUGCACUUAGAAUGACAACAGGUGGUGGCAGAGUGGUUCUCGGUUCUGUGGACAGCGGGUUUUAGCAGGAUGACUCCAGUGGCUUAUUUUCUUACAUCUGCUUUCAAGCAUUUUUUUUUUACCCUCUGUGUUUCUCUUUCGAAAGUAUUUUUUUAGGGUAUUAUAGGUAGCUGUUUACAGUUCUGGCAUUGUAUCUAGUUGAUUUGAAGCAAAAAUACUCCAGGUCUCUUAUUUUUACAUUCCUUCAACACACAUGUAAUUUCAGAAGGAGCAUAUGCUGUUUUCACUGCAUUAAUAGUCAAAAAAGAAAAAAAAGUCAAAAAAACCGACAGUUUACCCGGAAAAUAGUAGGUUCCAGUAAAAUAUACACAAGGGUACAUUUUUAUGCAUGAUAUUAAGUUGUUAGUAAUUCUUAGUGUUUUGAGAUCUGCUGCUAGUCUAUACAUACAAGAGAAUUUAAGAAUUUUACAAACAGAUUUACAGAUUUGAGGGUUAUAUAUGCGCGUGUAUAUAUAAAUGUACAAGAUAUUAAGAGAGUAUUUCCAAUUGAGCAUAGUAUAGUACAGGUUCUAGUGCUGUCAAAGUUGGAAUACUGGAAGUAAAAAAAAUUUUUACUCUUCAGACACUGAGAAAAUGCCACAUGAGUAAAUGUGGCUUUUAAAAGCUAAAAAUUAAAAAGAUAUUUAAUUAUAUUUAUGAAGAGAUCAAGGACAGUUUUGACCCAAGAACAAACAGAUGCACUUGAUCAUGAAUAAUUUCUACUGUAAAGUAGAAGGAAAUCCCUGGAGCUGUGAAGUUUAGCAAUAGUUUUCUAAUUGAAAUAGUGAUGAAUUAGGUGGAAUAUGGUUGGUAUAUGAUGGAAUUAACUAAUUAGUUCUCUGUGGCAUUAUUUGCAGGGCAGAUCCUGUAGAUCCCUUGCAGUUAUGGGUUCCUCAAGUGAAAAGCUAUUGUCUCUUGAAAAAGAACAACAAAAUCAAAACUGCUGUGGAGAAAAAAGAUAAGUUACCUGCUACUAGUGUUAAAUGGAGAUCUCGGUAAAAAAUAGAAUAGAUACCAAAUAUUUUAAAUGAAUAAUUGAAGAAUAAAGGCAAAUGAAUAAAAGAGUGGGCAAGAAA